CAAUAAUAAACAAUAUAAACAAAGUUUUAAACAAUUACUAAUGAAAAUCAUUUCGUGUAUAAAGUGACCAAAUAAUCUCGCAAUGCUUAACAAACUUUGGUUUUUAGGUCUAGUUAUAAAGACCUGGGUGAUACACCCGAGUUACUUUAAUUUUUUGUCCGGAACACUUAAAAAGGGUGAUCCCAAACCUCACAGACCUAACAAACAGGUGCCACGACUGUAUAACUUCUCUAUGUCUCCCUAUGGGGAAAGGGUGCGACUCGUUAUGAAAGCCAAAAAUAUUGAGCACGAGAUAGUAAACGUGCACCUGGGUAAUAAACCGGACUGGUUGACAACAUUAAAUCCCGCGGGUAAGAUACCGGUGCUCGAGUGGGACAGGGAUGACAAAAUCAUAUGCGAAUCGGACGUAAUUUGCGAGUUUCUGGACAAUGAUUACCCAAAUACCGGACCACAACUCGGGGCUACCGAUCCUCACCAAAGGGAAAAGGACAGAGAGUUCGCCACAGGUGUCGACGAGUAUAUGGAGACGUGUGGUUUUCAUGUGGUUUUGCACACUAAGGACAGUCCCACCAAACACUGGCAGACCAUUCAGACUGAGCUCAAAAAGUUGGAUAAAUUCAUAGCCAAUAGAAUGGAUAAUAAAAAGUUUUUAUCAGGGGAUGUCAGUCCCGGUCUAAUUGAUUACAUGGUGUGGCCUAUCAUUGGGCGCCUGAUAGCCACUAUUGAUGUCACUUCCGGUGGUGUUUCGGCUGAGGAUUAUUUGCCUAAAGAGUUGCCGGCUAUACAUGACUACCGGCGCCAUAUGCUCGGGGAUAGUGUGGUCAGGGAUGUCAGUCCCACACUCGACCAGUUAGUGGCGUUUUUGAGGAUUGUGAUCGCGUACAACAAGUUGCAUGAAAUAAUAAACGUGCACCUGGGUGAAAAGCGCGAAUGGUUAGCACCACUAAGCCAUACCGGAGCCGUACCGGUGAUCCAGUGGGACAGGGAUGACAAGACCCUAAGCGAGUCGCUAGUAAUCUGUGACUAUUUGGAUGAAUACUACCCAACAGAUAGUAACGGUCCGCAACUCGGGGCUACUGAUCCUUACCAGUGGGCAAAGGACAGGGAGUUUGUGUGCAACGUCGGGGACUACAUGUCGGUGUAUAAGCAGGUGCUGCACAGCAAGGAGGGGCCCAUCAGUCAGUGGCCUGGGGAUGUAUGUCCCGGUCUAACCGAUUACAUGGUGUGGCCUAUCGUUGAGCGCCUGAUAUCCACCAUUGAUGUCACUUCUAGUGGUGUUUCAGCUGAGGAUUAUAUGCCUAAAGAGUUGUCCGCUAUACAUGACUACCGGCGCCAUAUGCUCGGAGAUAUUGUGGUCAGCGAUGUCAGUCCCAUUCACGAACAGGUAGUACAACACAAAUGA